AUGGCUACAGCAAGCUCCGUCCAAGUCACAACCAACCAAUACCCCAACUUCUAUCGUGAAGGCAUCACCCAGGAAUCUUCGCAGAAGCUCUCAGAACUACUCCAGGAGAAUCACGACAAACAUCAUAUCUUCUUCAACGCCGAUGGCUUCCACAACCAUAUCGCCCAUCAGCUCUUGACCAUAUGGGCCCUCAAAGCUUCCCCAAAAGACCUGCAGCGAGGCUACAAUACCAACAGAAACUACCAGCGUCCGACGACUAAGCCAUCACCAAACACGAUUCAAUCCCUCCGGGAUCCUCACAAAUUCCACGCCCAUCUUGGACCGCAAGAGCACUACAAUGACUUUCUCCAAUUCUUCACUGAAGAGAUCGACAAGAAAGGCUGGCAAGACGUGCUCAACGAAUACGUUUUCUCGGGCUCUGCUCUCGCCGACGACAUGCUCGUCCGAAUGUACGCAGGCUUUUUACAUCCUCUCAUUCACCUGGGUUUUGGUGUGGAAUUCCAACAACCUCCCAUAGUCGCUGAAGCUUUGGCCCAAGCCGCAGUUCACGACGCCUGGAUCGAGGACCUCCUACUGCCUGCAGAGAAGAUGGCCAAAGAAAAUGGAAACGAUAAGACAAUCGUCCAACUACUCGACGAGAUCCACGCCAACAAGGAGAUCCGUGAAGGACCAAAGUGGGAAGACCAAAACAAAAUCCGCGAUGGUAUCUUGAAACGCUGCCCCAAGCCAGUUCUCCACAUCGUCUCCCAAGUCCGCGUCAAACCAGAACAGCUCGAGGAGAAAACAGCAGAAAUGACCAACGCAUCGAUCUACUACACAGGCGGAGCCCAACGAGCCAACAAAGUCCCAAAAUUCGACUUCUACUUCAUGCACUGCGUCAACUGCUCCGUCUUCUUCCCAGCAUUCCUGAAACAAGACUGGCUCAGUCAAGCCAACAAAGUCCGACUCCUCGAAUGGAAAACAAGACUAGACCUCGCCAUGUACGCUUCUAGAAAAUCUCCGGAAAUCAGACUGCAGGAUAUCCGUUCGUAUACACCGAAGAAGGCGUCGGGUUGGGAUGAAAUUUUCGAUCGUGUGGUUGGAUUCGAUGAUGAUGGACAUGCGAGUAAACUUAUUCGGGCGAUUGCGAAUGGUGAGAAGAUUUGUAGGCCUUAUGAGGGGAAGUCUGGUUUCAUGUUGGGUGGAGGGGAUUGGUUGAAGUUGGGACAUAUGGUUAUUGAUUCUGUGGAGAGGCCUGGGGCGACCUGGGUGAGGUCGGCUGGUUUUGAUGAGGCUUGGGAGGAUGUUGCUGAGAGGGGUGCGAAGUUGUGA